AUGCCGAACAAUUGCUCAACGCUUAUUCAACGUAAACAAAAUAUUCUUCAUAAAAUAUUACGGAGCAAUAGUGAAGGCAAAAUCCAGAAUGCUGUAAAUGAAACUACUGCUGCAUUAUGCGUGGCUGGUACUCGAAAAACCCCCGCUUAUUCUCCUACUUCAACUAGCAAUUUAACAACAGCAUCAGCUGCUCGUCGAUCGAAUGCAUUUGCUAAUAAUCGCAUUCAACCUACUUCGAAUCACUUAUAUGAAACACAUUUUCCGUCUAUACGAGAUGCAAAUGAAGAUUGCGAACGACAAAUUCAAAGUCAUGAUGAGCUUCAUUAUCGUCCUCAGUCAAAAAAGGUUUCAACAAAUGCUAGUCCAAAAAGCAAUGGUCUUGCUCCAUCGACUUCGAUUUCAUCUAUAUUUAAUGCGCUUACAAAGCGGUCAACAGAAAAUUUCAUGAGUACAUACGGUGAUUUUGAAGAUACAGUUAAUCCAAGUGCAGUACCACCAGCUAGUCGUCGAUCACAACAUUCGCAUCAAACAAAUGAAAUCAAUCACAACACAAUGAAACAAACUGUAUUACCUCAAAAAAAAUCGGGUGAUACUACGGGUGAUAUUCAUUUAUCAAGUAGUACUGUUGAUAAAAAUCAACAGCGAACAUUAGGAACAUCAGUUCGAGUUCGAACAAACAUACCACAAAUACAUGUUGAAGCUUCGCUUAUACAAGAAGCAACGACUAGAGAACGAACUAAUACUGGUCAAAUUUAUCAACGUCGUAUUACUCACAAUGUCAAAGCUCCUAUCAAACAAAAAAUUGAUAAAUAUCGCCGUCGUUCGGGAGAAAAUUCACAGGCAGUAAAUGGAAGUACACCAAAUGGUUUAUCUCCUACUUCUCCUUCGUUUACUACUUCACCAUUUGCUCAUCCUAAACAACCACCAUCAUCUCCAACAGCAGUUCAUCGUGUUUCAUCCGAUGCUGAAGUCGAAGCUCGCCUAGAAGUUCUUCGUUUAUCAAUGGACAAUAAUUUUAUUCAAGCAGAUAAACAAUCACAAAGUCAACCGACACCACAACAACCAAUCCAUCCUCGCAUUAAGUCUCCGUAUUUGUCUAAUAAUAAUCAUCAUCAUCAUCAACAACAGGUAACUCUAAAACUAUCAGCAUCAAAUCCGCCAACUCCACCUGUUCGUCUUCGUCGAACAAAUGGAACAGCACAACCAAUGUCUUCAGCCAAUUCUUCUCGGCAUGUAAAACAACAACAACAAUCACAUUUAGCUAAACAAUCGAAAAAGUCUGGCUCAGGAAAUCUUUAUUUACAAUUUAUCGCAUCUCGACAUUUUUCAGCGUUAGAUGAAAAUUUAUUUGAUUGUGAUAUUGAUCAUCAAAAAUUAUUAAAUAUAUUUACUUGGAUUAAGGGGGUUGAAGAACAUCGCCAUGAACAAUUAGAUCAUGAAUUUCUAUUAAAUGAACAAUAUCAACGUAUGCUUGAUCAAGAAGAAGAUCUAUCAUUAUAUUCUGAGGUACAAUUUGCUGUUGAUGAUAUACCAGCAAAUACAACUGGUAGACCGUGUGAAAAAAUUGAAACAAUGCAAUUUGGUGACUAA